ACAGCCGCUAUGGGGAGGAAAUUAUCAACGCACGAAAUCUCCAAGCAUGCUCAAAUAGACGACAUCUGGAUCGUGGUCAAUGGGAAGGUAUACGAUGUGACCCGAUUUGCGCCUGAUCAUCCCGGUGGUUCAGAGAGUCGCGAUGCUUCGAAGGUUUACAACAGCACCCACUCACCAACCCUCAUCAAAGAUAUCGAUAAGCAAUUAAUUGGUGACUUGGACACGACAACUGUUUCUGCGGAAUGGAGUAAAGAAGAUGAAACAUCCGUGAUCCUCGCUUCGAAUGAAUAUGAGAAACCAUCCUUGGAAGACAUCAUUAAUCUGGAUGAUUUUGAGCAAGUCGCAAUGAAAACUCUCAGCCUAAAGUCAUGGGCAUACAAUAGCGGUGCUGCCAACGACAACAUUACACGCGAUGCAAACCGCACAUUCCUCCAGCGCAUCUGGUUCCGUCCGGCGAUCAUGCGAGACGUGUCUAAAGUAACUGCCCGAUCCAGUCUCUUCGGUUGUAACCUUGAUAUCCCAGUUUACAUGUCACCAGUGGGUGCAGCCAAGACGAUUUGCGAGGACGGAGAGCUACCGCUCGCGAAAGGUGCUGCCUCUUCAGGGAUCAUUCAGUGUAUUUCUACUACGGCUUCGUAUUCUUUGUCCGAAAUCCUGGAUGAUACUCCCCAGCAGGCUUUUUACCAACUAUAUAUCAACAAGGACCGCUCCAAAACUGAAGCGCUGGUACGGCAGGCUGAAGCUUCAAGCAAGGUCAAAGCCCUCUUCGUUACGGCUGAUCUGCCUGUCAUGUCAAAGCGGGAAGCUGAUGAGCGCAUCAAAUCUGAAGGAAAUGCUACAAUGGUGAAGAUUACCCAAGGCGGUAAUAAACCUGAUGGCAAGAAGAGUGCUGGGCUGGCCAAUAUUACCAAGCUUCCCAUUCUACUAAAGGGUGUUCAACGGUCAGAGGAUGCCAUCCUUGCAAUGAACGUCGGAUUUGAUGGUAUUGUUGUGAGCAAUCAUGGUGGUCGAGCUGCCGACACUGCUCCACCGGCAAUCAUUAUCUUAUUGGAACUCCAUCGGCAGUGCCCACAGAUCUUUGGAAAGAUGAAAGUUCUCGUGGAUGGUGGCUUUCAUCGUGGCUCGGAUGUUAUUAAAGCUAUUUGCUUGGGGGCCUCGGCAGUGGGCCUGGGUAGGUCUUUUGCAUAUGCCCUAAACUAUGGGCAAGAAGGGGUGGAACAUGCUGUCAAAUUGCUUAAAGAAGAGAUUGAGACGGCCAUGCAACUUGUUGGUAUGACGGACUUGAUGCGAGAUGCUGGACCAACGUAUCUCAACACAUCGGGUGUGGACCACUUGUUGCCUGCAAAUCACGAUGAAUUAGCAAGGAGACAUGCUAUUCGAGCGGCAAAGCUGUAG